UUUGCGCCUAAUGGAUUGGAUCCACCGACCCUCUUUUACCCCUUACCCUUCUUCUUCAUCUCUCAAACUUCCAUUUAAUUUUGAUUUUGCGAAAUUUGAAAAACAAAUUAACCAAAGCCAAUCAGCUAAAAGUUAAAAGGAAAAGGGAAAUCUGGUUUGAGAUGACGAUGAUAUAUGUAUGAGAUUCCAAUAUGGGUUUGCUGUUAGAUUAAUGGGUUUUUCGAGGAGAUAUCAUAUCUGAGAACUGGAAUUCGCAGAAGAAGAUUAACAGCAACUCAAGAAGGUGAGUUUUUUGUUUAAAGAUGGCUGCUGCACCAUCUUCCUCGGGUCCUUUCUUUGGAGUUAGAGAAGAAAAUCAAAACCAGAUCAUGAAACAACCUCAUUCUUCUUCAUCAACCGGACCGCGGGUUGAUCCAUGGUCGCCGCCUCCGAAGAAAAAGAGAAACCAACCUGGAACUCCAAAUCCAGAUGCGGAGGUGGUGGCACUAUCUCCAAAGACUUUAAUGGCGACAAACAGGUUCAUUUGUGAGGUGUGCAACAAAGGGUUCCAAAGGGAGCAGAAUUUACAGCUUCACAGGAGAGGACACAAUCUGCCGUGGAAGCUGAAACAGAAGACAAACAAAGAAGUGAAGAAGAAGGUCUAUCUUUGCCCCGAACCGACGUGCGUUCACCACGACCCGUCGAGGGCACUCGGCGACCUCACCGGCAUCAAAAAGCAUUACUCGAGAAAACACGGCGAGAAGAAAUGGAAGUGCGAGAAGUGCGAGAAGCGGUACGCCGUGCAAUCCGAUUGGAAAGCUCAUUCCAAGACGUGUGGCACCAGGGAAUACAGAUGUGACUGUGGCACUCUCUUCUCAAGACGUGACAGCUUUAUAACUCACAGAGCGUUCUGUGAUGCAUUGGCUCAAGAGACUGCAAGGCACCCGACUCCUUUAAACUCCAUCGGCAGCCAGUUAUAUGGAAGUAGUAAUUACAUGAACUUAGGGUUUUCUCAAGUUGGAACCCAAAUUUCAUCGAUUCAAGACCACAACAAUAAUCAAACCAGGGAGACUCUAAAACUUGGUGGUGGUUCCAGGAAUUCUCAGUUUGAUCAUCUUCUUCCGCCGUCCAUGGGUUCUUCGUCCUCGUCGUUUCGAACUCAACAACAACAACAACAGCAAUCGAUGGUUACUUCACCCGGUUUUGUCAUACAAGAAUCGAACCAGAUUUUCAACCAAGAGUUGUUGGGAAACAACAAAUCAUUCCAUGAAUUAAUGCAGUUUCAGGAAAACAAUAGCGACAACACGAGCACCUCUCCUUCAGCAGCCGGUCUCUUCAACCUCGGCUUCCUUUCGAACGGCGGCAACAAUGGCGGUGCAGAUUAUAAUUUAACGUCUUCGGGUUUGUUAAUAUCCGAUAAUUUCAACAACGACAAUGGCGGGAACGGUGGUGGGACAAACGAGCCUUCGAAUCUCUUCUCUAAGAGCUUAAUGAGUGAUCAAAUCACUUCAAACAUCCCUUCUCUGUUUAGUUCAUCGAUUCAAAACAAUAGCAUGGUGCCGCAAAUGUCAGCCACCGCAUUGCUACAAAAAGCUGCUCAAAUGGGCUCGAGUUCAAGCAUCAGCAACAACAACGACAAUUCUCUUCUAAGAAGCUUUGUAACAUCUUCUUCAACCGGAACCAAAACCUCAAACUUCAACAGCAUUUUCGGGGAAACCACAGCCGGCAACCAUCUACAUGAACUAAUGAACUCCAUAGCCAGUGGUAAUUCCCCCAUUUUCGGAAGCUCCAGUGGAGUCAAUACAUUUAACACUUAUGCAAACAGAACUAGCAUGGAACAUGAAAAAACACCGCCUCCGCCACCGCAGCAGCAAAGUUUGAAUGUUAGCGGCGGCGGGUCAGACAGAUUGACUCGGGACUUCCUCGGAGUCGGGCAAACUGUUCGAAGCAUGACCGGAGGAGCGACACAACAACAACAAGGAAUCGGAUUAAGCAGCUUGAGUUCAGAGAGAAACACAAAUAUUACGGCGCCGACAAGCCACCACUCUUUCAGAGGACGUGGGAAUUUCCAGUGAUGAAAGAAAUCUAAAAACGCGAAAA